AUGGUCAUUUCCUCGGCUACAGAUGAUUCUAUGGAAGCUCGGCUAGUUUGCAAGGAUUGUUUUAUAUCUUUUAAUGGUCGUGAUUUUCCGAUCGAUCUGAUUAGCUUACCUCUCAAGAGAAUCGAUGUCAUUCUUGGAAUGGAUUGGUUAUCUCCUAAUUCAGUGUAUAUUGGCUGCAAGGAGAAGGCUAUAUUCAUUCCUGCAGAAGAGACUACCUCCGAUGAUGCAAUUACCAAGUUGAUUGAAGUUCUUUCCAAGGAACCUUCUGUAAGGGUGGAAUUUUCUGAGAUUCCAGUAGUGUGCGAAUUUCCUGAUGUAUUCCCUGAGGACAUCACUUCUCUUCCUUCAAAAAGAGAAGCGGAAUUCAUGAUUGACCUCGUUCUUGGUACUGCCCCUAUCUCUAUAACUCCAUAUCUAAUGUCUCCUAUCGAACUCAAAGAAUUGAAGAGUCAGUUAGAAGAACUCCUAGCUAAGCAUUUCAUUCAGCCCAGUGUUUCUCCAUGGGGAGCUCCUAUUCUUUUGGUGAAGAAGAAGGACGGAUUUACGCCUUUUGGUGUGACUAAUUCUCUGGCUGUUUUCAUGGACUACAUGAAUCGAAUAUUCCAACCGUAUCUGGAUCAGUUUGUGGUGAUCUUCAUUGACGACAUCUUGGUGUAUUCUCGUUCUCCCGAAGAGCAUAAAGAGAAUUUGCGGAUCAUGUUGUCUACUCUUUGA